UGUAAAGAUGAGUUAUUUCAGGCUUUUUAGAAUUCAAAAACCACCUCCAUUUGCACUGAUCAAAGCACUGUACUUCUGUGUUUCUAACUCUUCACUUUCCUGCUUUCCCAGCUCCACAAAGACUGUCUAAAACAAAACGAGAAGACACUAGGCACUCUGCACUGCUCCUGACAACUCCUCUUCUUUCCUGCACUUCUAAAACCUCUGACUUGCACCCUCUGCUUUCCUGCUGCCAUGGAUAAGGUGCAAUACAUAACCCGCUCCGCUCUGAGGAGAGCCUCAACUAUUGAGGUGAACCCGCAAGCUCGCCAGCGGCUCCAGGAGCUCUUUGUGAAUUUCUGCCUCAUUCUGAUCUGCCUCUUGCUCAUCUGCAUCAUCGUGAUGCUCCUCUGAAGCUCCGGCCCUCCCCCGCGCCGCCCGCUA